UCACUUUCUGGAGAGUGAAGCACAUAAUUGACAUAAACCUUCAUUCUCCCCUCCUCCAGUCCCAGAAAAACCCUAAACCCUAAAAAAAUGGCGGACGUAGUACAGCACAGAUUAGAGCGCAUGGUUCCAGAGCUCGACGAUUUAGAGAAAAGAAGCCUAUUCGAUCGCCGAGAAAUAGCCGAAAUCGUGAAAAAGAGGCGCAAAUUUGAGUACAGGCUUCAAAGGCCAAGCCCGUUGAAGCAAGAUUUUAUAGACUACAUUGACUAUGAAAAGCAGCUUGAUAGGCUUCGUGUUCUCAGAAAGAAAACUGUUUCUCGUCAGCUCAAGGAUAAAGGCAAUAAAAAGAUGAAGAAAUCGCUUUCGGAUUACGCUGGCGUUCGACGAAUUAUUGAGAUUUAUCGCAUUGCUACUAGCCGCUUUAAGGGGGACCUUGAGUUGUGGUUUCAGUAUUUGGAGUUUUGUAAGGAGAAGAACAAUGGCAGGAUGAAGAAGGUUUUGGGUCAAGUGAUUAGAUUCCAUCCUAAAGUACCUGCAGUCUGGAUCUACGCUGCUGCUUGGGAGUUCGACCAUAACUUGAAUGUGAGGGCUGCCCAUGUCAUAAUGCAAAUGGGUUUGAGAUCAUGCCCAAGUUCAGAAGAUCUCUGGGUUGAGUUUCUACGCAUGGAACUUACAUGCCUGAAUAAGUUAAAAGCACGAAAAGUUAUCUUAGGGGAAGAUAAUGGGACACUGGUUCGUGACGAUGAAGACGCUGAGGAGAAGCAGUGGCAAGAUGAGAAUAAUGAUUUGUUCAUGUCCCUUGAAGGGGAAAAAGGUGCUGAUGAUUCUUCUGAUGUUCAGAAAGAAGAUUCAAGUAAGAAAUUGGAUGUCUUUCGAGAACAGGGUUUUAGACUUUUUCAGAAAAUAUAUGAAGGUGCUAUCGAUGCUAUCCCAUCUAGUUUCAGUCUGAGGAAGAGGUUCCUUGAGAUUUUGGAAGCUAUGGACUUGGCACAUUCAAAAGAAAUGCAAGCUGAGAUAGUGGCUCACAUGAGGAGAGAUUUCUCAAAAGAACCUGAAUUUUGGGAUUGGCUUGCACAAGGUAAAUUAAAAGAUCCACAAAGCACUCCAGAUAUAAGUUCAGAAAAUGGGCGCUCCCAGGUGGAUGAAGUCAUUAAGGUAUAUGAGGAAGCUAUACAAUCUGUGCCAUCAGUUGUAAUGUUUGACAUGUAUAUAAAGUUUUUGACACACGUCAUCAGUCCAAAAGGAGAAAAUGCAUUUCCAGGAGAUAGCAGUGCUUCAAAGCGCACCGGAGACUAUAUAUCACACCUGAUGAAAGUCUUUGAAAAAGCUGAUGCCAUGAUGUGUCUUAAUGAAGAUCUUGCUUGUCAGUAUGUACUGUUGCUCAAGAAUAUGGGUAAUUUUGAUGAAGCAAUGAAGUUGGCAGAGAAUUAUUGUGAGGGGAAAUAUUCAGAUUCGCGACAGUUAUGGGUUCUGAGGGUCACUGAACAGAUGAAGCACACUACAGUACCUGGAAGUUCUUGUAAGGCUCACCUUUCCUCAAUCUUUGAUCUCUUGAAAAGAAUGGUGAACGAAGUAGCUGUGUCUGAUGCCGAGGGCGUCUGGGUCAUGGCUCUUGAGCUUUUUGCAAAUGACAAGAGAUACUUUGGCAAGUUGGUAGACCUUGCUCUUGUUUCAGUGGCUAAAGAUGGUGGCCGAGAUCAUGGAUUCUCUCUCCUUGCUACCAUUGUUGACUUUAUUUGGCUAAACAAUGGAAUUCAACAAGCAAGAGACUUUUACAAGUGUCUUUUUACUAUACCUCACCCAGGAUUAUCCAUAUACAAGCACUGCAUUAAGCUGGAGAUUUCAUCUGGGGACAUAUCUUGUUUGACAAAUGCUCGUAAGUUAUUUGAAUGUGCACUCGCAACUUAUGGCGAGGACAUCAGCCUUUGGCAAGAAUAUUAUUCCAUGGAGACAAAGAUGGGAACAUCAGAAACAAUUGGCGCUAUAUAUUGGCGUGCUAAGAAGGCACUAGGAGAUGCCUCAGUGCUUACUGUUCCUUCAGUACAGUAAGGUGCGUGUACAUACGAUUAGGAAGCUUUGAUUCCACCCAUGAGGGAAAUUGAGAACAGAUGUUGUGCAGCAAGGGUAAACCAGACCGUUGCGAGCAACUAUCGAAAGCAGACCCUGAAAAAGUUCCUUUUCUAAUGCUAGUUUUAGAAUGUAUUCUUUCAUCUGUAAGAGUAGAAAAAGGUUGAUUACAGAUAUACAGUUGUAGGACUAAAUCCUACUUGUGGGUUUUGUGGACUCCACAUGCUACAGUGCAAUGAUAGAACCUAAAGUGGCUGUAGUCUUGUAAGUCAGCACCUGGAAGUGUUGCUUGCAAGGUGAAAUUCAGCUAUUUGAUCGAUAAUUUCUUCUUCA